AAAGAACGACUUGGAAAGAAAAGUGAACGAAACGCGAAAAGCAGAAAAAGAUUUUUCGCUCCACUUUCAAAACAACUCGUCUGCAGCAGUCGCGAACUCUGGUUUUGAGUCGUACGCUCUCAUUAGCAAAGCAAUGCAGAAAAGAAUACCAACUGACAACAACAUUUUGGCAAUAGUUCUUUUAUAGUGGAUAUAUUUAGAAUUCACUCCUGGUAAACACACUAAACAAUAACAACUUCAGAUAUAUCAUGGGAAGAGGUGCGAUCGGAACUGGUGGUGGAGGAGGUAUAGAACUGCAGAAAAAACUUGGACUGCUAAACGGUAUUGCAAUAAUCGUCGGCAUCAUUGUAGGCUCUGGUAUUUUUGUAUCGCCCAGAGGUGUGCUACAGGACACUGGAUCUAUAGGUCUAGCUCUAAUUGUGUGGACUCUCUGUGGGCUUCUGUCCACUAUUGGAGCCUUGUGUUAUGCAGAACUAGGAACUGCUAUUCCAAAGUCUGGAGGUGACUAUGCAUAUAUCUUCGAAUCCUUUGGACCUGUACCCGCUUUUUUAUUUCUGUGGGUAGCCUUAGUAAUAAUUGUACCUGCUGGUAAUGCAAUUACUGCACUAACAUUUGCAAAUUACAUAUUAGAGCCACUUUUUCCCGCUUGCCUUCCACCCCCCUUUGCUGUUCGACUGCUGGCAGCAUUAGUUAUCUGUUCCAUCCUCUGUUCGCUUCGAUCUUCAACCCCCAUUACUUACCAUCAUUGUUGCUUCUCACUCAAAGGUUUAUUAACUUAUAUAAAUUGUCGAAACGUGGAGUGGGCUACUCGCGUUCAAGAUGUGUUCACCUUCGCUAAAGUUGCAGCUUUAAUCAUCAUCAUCAUUGCCGGAGCAUAUCAUAUGUGCAUGGGACGCAGUCAUAACUUCGAUAAUGCAUUCCAAGGUACAAGAACUGAGCCUGGUUACAUAGCUCUUUCAUUUUACUCAGGAUUGUUUUCCUAUGCAGGAUGGAAUUUCCUUAAUUUUGUAACCGAAGAACUGAAAGAUCCUUUCAAGAAUUUGCCUAGAGCCAUCUACAUUUCUCUUCCUCUAGUCACAGUCAUUUAUGUAUUAGCCAAUGUAGCUUACUUUGCUGUACUCACGCCAGACGAAGUUCUUUCCUCAAAUGCUGUGGCAGUGACUUUCGGAGAAAAAGUUCUUGGCGUCAUGUCCUGGAUAAUGCCAUUUUCUGUUGCUCUAUCCACAUUUGGAGGAUUGAAUGGAAAUAUAUUUGCCUCAGCCCGACUGUUUUUUGUUGGAGCUAGGGAAGGCCAUUUACCCUCUUUCCUUUCAAUGAUAAACCUAAACUAUUUGACUCCAGCUCCUAGUUUAGUGUUUCUGUGCAUCUUGAGCUUAGCCUAUCUAUCAACGACUGAAGUUUAUGUUUUAAUAAACUACACAGCAUUUGUCGAAGCUCUCUUUGUCACUCUGUCAGUAUCAGGAAUGGUAUGGCUCAGAUAUAAGCAGCCAGAUCUUGAAAGACCCAUAAAGGUUAACAUUCUAUUGCCAAUAACAUUCCUAAUAGUAUGUGCCUUUUUAGUCACAUUUCCAUUCUAUGUGAGUCCAUGGGAAACUGGUAUGGGCAUUGCCAUUACACUAACUGGUAUUCCAGUGUACCUGAUUACUAUAUCUUGGAGAAAAAAACCUGUACUCUACCAGAAUGCUAUAGGGAAAAUAACUGCACUCGUACAGAAAGUGUUAUUAAGUGUUCCUGAAGAAAAAUAUGACUAAAAACGUUCGAAUACAAUGACUCCAUGUCAUAAGAACAUUUGGAACAAUUUACAGAAUAAGUGAUAAAGAGAAUAAGAAAGCAUUGAAACGCUGUGUUCAGGAAAUGAAAAGUGGCAGCUGUAAUACUGACAGCUGAAUCGAAAAGAAUUUACAAGUAAAUCUUAGUUCCUUAAGAAAAUUAUGUUGAAUGGAACUGAAAAUUGAACAAUUUGUGGGAAAUGCCUACAAAAAUAAAUGAAAAAAAUAUUUAAUAUAAAAUCUAAAGAUUUGUUAUACAAAUUUAUUUUUGUCAUUUUUUGAUACCAUGUUGAUUUUACAAUGGUUGUAUUAAGCACUGUAUUUUAAUAAAUGAUGUUUACUUUA